CCCAACGGAGUCGUUUGACGCCGCCUGGCCCGUCUAUCGGAGUCUGAACUCUCCACCUCCACUCCCUCACUUAACCUCAAAAAUCAAAAUUCCUUCCUCUCAUUUUCUCAGCAAAAAUUUUCCCGAGAAAAUUAGCAAGCAAAAAUGGAUUUCGACGCUCGACGGAAAAUCGAAGAAACGGUUUUGUGUAUACUGAAGAAAACGAAUUUGGAGGAGAUGACCGAGUUCAAAGUCCGAGAGAUGACCUCGGAGCAACUCGGAAUUGAGCUAUCGGAUACGGAGCACAAGAGCUUCGUGAGAAGCGUGAUCGAAAGUUUUCUGCUGUCGGCCACGGAGCCCGAGGGGAACGCUGUGCAGGAGCCCAUGGAGACGAAUGUGCGAGAAGAGCAAGGCGCGAGGUUGAAGAAGGAGGCGAGUGAGGACGGGGGCCGUCUAAUUUGUAAGCUGUCUAGCAGGAGAGGUGUGGUGAUUAACGAUUUCAAAGAGAGAACUUACGUGUCAAUUAGAGAUUUUUAUCAAAAAGAUGGAAAGCAAAUUCGUACUCCCAGAGGAAUUAGUUUGCCGGUCGAACAAUGGGCAACGUUCAAAAAGAGCGUCCCUGCAAUAGAGGAAGCCAUUAAAAAGUUGGAGUCAAAGUUAAGAUCUGAACUUGAGAGUAAACAAACUGAACAUUGUAAGCAAGCUGAAGACACGUCUAAUUCAUUGAAUGAUUUUGCUCCUCAAGAACUUGCUACUGUUGAGACUAGCCGUUAUGAUGGGAAAAACUACCCAUUCUGGGCGCAACAGAUGGAGCUUCUGUUGAAGCAAUUAAAGGUUAAAUACGUGCUAUUUCAGCCACGCCCAAGCAGUACACUUGGCCCAGAAGCAACUAGUGAAGAAAUUGCUCAUUCAAAGGCUGCUGAACAGAAAUGGGUGAAUGAUGAUUUAGUUUGUCGUCGCAGAAUCUUAAAUGCUCUAUCUGAUGAUCUGUUUUAUCUUUACUCAAAGAAAACUAUGACUGCUAGAGAACUGUGGGAAGAUCUAAAACAUAUGUAUCUCUUUGAGCAGUUUGGAACAGAUAGAACUCUAGUUAAAAAGUACAUCGAAUUUGAGAUGCUCGAAGGAAGACCAAUUUUGGAGCAAGUUAUGGAAUUUAAUAGAAUUGCCGAUUCCAUUGUAAAUUCUGGGAUGACAGUUGAGGAAAAAUUUCAUGUCAGUGUCAUCAUCUCCAAACUCCCCCCAUCUUGGAAGGAUGUGUACAUUAAGUUGUUGUGCGAGGAGCAUCUACCUUUUUCAAUGCUAAUGGAUCGUUUGGAGGUUGAAGAAGAGUCCCGUACUGGGGGUAACCAGAGAGUACCAUUUAACCUGACGAGCGAUCUGCCAGGGAAAUCUGUACCGAGGCAAAGAGAUAAGAAGCCACGAAGCAUGCAAUGGAAGAGGCCAGAAGUGGAGACAAAUUGCAGAGUUAUUUGCCAUGCUUGUGGCAAGAAAGGGCAUAUUGCUUCACAUUGUCGUUAUCGUAGCAGGAAGGACGACUGGGAAGCUAAUGAUAAAAAGCACAAGGGAGAUGGAUCUUUGCCUGCAAGUGUGGAGGUCAACAUGUCUGAGAAGGCAGAUGACAGGGAAGCUAAUGAGAAGCAGCAUGACGGAAAUGGAUCUAUGCGUACAAGCGUGGAGUUCAACGUGUCUGAGAGGGCAGCGGAAUAGCUAGUUUCCGUAGAGCUCCCCUCCCAUCUCAUUUUCACUAACAGCAUUAUUACCUUUUAUAGAGUUGGCAGGUACAAAGUGUGUUAUAGUUCCAAGGGCGGUCCUUGAGGGUUAUGUUCUGUUGAAUUUGAUACAAGGUCCAAGUCUGCUUUAGAGGACAUGUUCUUGUGUGCAAGGCUUUGAAAUCGAUUGUGAUUUUGUACCGUACGCUCUUUUUCUUUCAAAUUAUUGUAAAUGCAUACCAUUCUUUCCGAAAAGAUUGUCGAUUCAGGUGCUUGAGAUUCA